AACUGAAGCAGCAGCGGGACAAGCUGAAGCAGUAUCAGAAGCGGAUAAACCUGAACCUGGAGCGGGAGCGAGCGCUGGCCCGGCAGCUGCUGAAGGACGGCAAGAAAGAAAAAGCCAUGCUCUUGCUGAAGAAGAAGCGUUACCAAGAGCAGCUUCUAGAUAGAACAGAAAACCAGAUCAGCAACUUGGAGCGGAUGGUCCAGGAUAUUGAAUUCACCCAGAUCGAAAUGAAGGUCAUUGAGGGCCUGAAAAUAGGCAACGAAUGUCUGCACAAGAUGCACCAGGUUAUGUCAAUAGAAGAAGUAGAAAGAAUAAUAGGUGAAACCCAGGAUGCCGUGGAGUACCAGAGGCAAAUAGACGAGAUACUGGCUGGCAGCCUGACAGAGGAGGAUGAAGAUGCCAUUCUAGAGGAAUUAAACGCUAUUACUCAGGAACAGAUGGAGCUUCCAGAAGUUCCUUCUGAGCCACUCCCAGAGAAGAUCCCAGAAGCGUCUCCCGUCAAGAACAGGCCAAAGCCAGAGCUGGUGGCAGCGUCUUAACUCCUGCUGCUGGGGAUUCCCCCACCUACCUUUCACCCAGGACAGUUUGCCACUCCAGCGUGUGCUGGGAACAAGCAAUGCCUUGGCAGCACCCCAGCUGUGCUGGGCAGAUGUGGAGCAGGAUUCCCUGUGCAGGGUGGGGAACCUCAGCUCAUCAUUGCUCUUGUAUCAAGAUUAUUUUCUAGUGCUUUCUUUUUUUGUAACUCAAACCUGAAGUCACUCAGCUGCGCUGUCGCGGGAUUAAACAGCAACUC